AUGGUCCUAGCGAUGGAUCCGCGGCGGAAUCCGAAACGUCAGGAUUUGGAGGACAAGCUGAAGGAGCUAGAAGCUGAAAGGGCGCAGAGGAUAGCCGACUACCGAAGCCUUCGGAAAGAGCUUCUCCAAAUUAAUGUCCAGAUGGGCCUCGACGCAGGCUCCAUAAAACAGAAAAUGAAUGAAUUUCCGCCAAUCGCGUGCACGCUACCCUCUGGCAAGUAUUGUCAAGUCCCCACACAGAAGGAACUGGCACGCUUGAGGUCAGUUCUAGAAGAGGACCAAUCAACUAUCAAGCCGCUACUGUCCAAAUUCCGUGCCCUUCAAUCCGAUAUCCUUCGGCUAUCCGCGGACAUCGACUACCAGCCGCAGAAUGCGAAGGAACAAUCUGUGCUGACGCCAGACGGUAGCGGGGAUCGAGAAGACGGCCAACCAGCAGAGGCCAAUGGCGAACCCACUGUCGAUAUUGAUAGCGAAAUUCAGGCAAUGCAGGCGAAGUGCAGUGGAGCCCUCCCCACCGAAGGGGAUCUGGAGGUAAGCCUUGGAGGUACCCUUUUGUAA